GCAUGUUGAUCAGCAAUUGCUACAAUGUCUUCAAGUGAGUUGUAUGUGUAUGGUGACCAAAAUAUACAAGUUCCUGCGCAUCUAAACUUUGGAAAAUAUUUACUGGAUCGUCUAAAAGAUGUAGGCGACACCGUUGCUCUGGUUAAUGCGGAAAGUGGAGAACAGUUUACAUACAAGGAGCUAACACAACGCGCCGUGAACCUGGCGAGUGAGCUGAUGAAGUUGGGGGUCGGGAGAGGGGACAUUGUCGCACUGGGCACAGAAAAGCGCAACGAAAUUGUGCCAACCGUGCUGGCUGUACUACUGACGGGGGCCACUUAUACCACUUAUGAUUCACGAAAUGGCAAAUCCUCAUUGAAACAUAAGUUGUCAAUUGCUCGACCUAAGUAUUUGAUUUAUUCCAAACUAUUUUGGGAUAGAUAUAGUGAUCUUUUAUUAGUAUCUGAUACAAUUAAAACAUGGAUGACAUUUGACGAUGAAAUAAAAAGUGUUCCUUGCAUUAAAAUAUUUAUGAACAACUACGUUGACAUUAGUAGUUUUGAGCCGACUGAGGUGAAGGGACAGAUUGAUACAGCAAUAAUUUUUUACUCAUCGGGAACCACAGGUCUACCGAAAGGGGUCUGUUUUACGCAUUUGAGCUGUAUUUUAAAUACAAUACCCUACAACUUGGACUAUGGAUCGAUGCAAAGGUUCUACAUCUGUGGAGAAAUGUAUCAUAGUUACGACACUUUUUCAAUGUACAAAUAUUUAAGCCUCGGAAAAACAAUCGUAUAUGUAAAGAAUGUUACACCCGAAAAUUUACAUAAAUGUCUUAAUCAAUAUAUGAUUGAUUUGGCUAUGUUAUUACCAAUCAUUAUCUAUGAAUUGUGCGAAUUUUUCAACACAGACGUUCUGUCGGAAUCGUUGAAAAUUAUAUAUAGUGUUUCAGCACCUCUUCAUUAUAAAACAAUCAAACAUAUCAAAAAAAGAUUCCCAAAUCUGAAAGAAAUAAUCCAAGGCUAUGGCAUGUCAGAAUGCGGAGAUAUAACUUCAGAAAAUUGGGCCACAAAAGGACCAAAACUUGGCAGCGUCGGUAUGGCUUCACCUGGCGUUGUUUUAAAAGUUACAGAUCCCAAUAAUGGUAGGACACUUGGUCCAAAUGAAAGAGGUGAAAUACGCGUCAAAGGCCCCGGACUUAUGAAAGGCUACUUCGGAAUCGACCCUUCCACGUACUUGGAUGAAGAUGGUUUCUUUAAAACUGGCGAUUUGGGAUACUACGAUGAUGAUAAAUACUUUUUUAUCGUUGAUAGGAUUAAAGAAAUAUUUUCUUAUAAUAACCACCAGGUUUCACCAUUAGAACUAGAAACAAUCCUACAAUUGCACCCAGAUGUGCUGGAUGUCGGCGUGGUCGGUAUACAUGAUGAAGUACAUGGCGAUAAACCUACAGCACUCGCCGUAAAAGUGCCUGGUUCUAAACUCACUGAACAGGAUUUAAUCAAUUAUAUGGCUGCUGAGGUUCCGCCGUUUAUUCAUCUAGCGGGUGGCGUGAAAUUCGUCACAAAACUGCCAAGAAAUUCCUGGGGGAAAAUACUGCGACGUGAAUUAAAGGAGCUCUUACACAAUUAAAAGCACAACGGGAAAAUAUAAUUUAUUCCGUGAUUCAGGAGUGACGUGAAAAACCUGAUAAUUAUAUUUUUCUUCUGAUAACUUAUAAUCAAGAAUGCAUAUAAUUAUUAUAAUCUGGAAUUCUCCUUGGAAUUUGAAAAUGAUAUAGUUUUUUUUAUGAAAAUAAGCUUUAUAU